UGUCAGUCUUCAUGAUGUAUAGGAGAGAGAGAGAGAGAUCUACUGAUCUAACUCAGCUGUAGAGCUGCAACAGAGCAGUAAAAAGCCUCAUACUAGACACAUAGCAAAUGUAUCUCAGUCCUAGAGCUUCAUUCCAGUGUUUCCCGUUACAGAAGCCAGAAGUGAAAACUGUUCUUCUGAGCCAACCCUGACUUCUCAACCCAGCCAGGGACUUUUUUACUUACUCAUAAUCAGGCGUGAUGGGAAUUUAUCCUGCGUCAUUUUCUUCUUCAGCAAAACACAAGAGGAGCAAAAUGGAGACGUUCACUUUUCUGCAUCUUCUGCUUUUGGCAACAGGUGCCGUGUCCUAUGUGUGUAAGCAUCCUGACCGGAAGUGCGGCAUUUCGGAUCAUCCGUACCACGUGCGUUUGGCUCAGCAGUUGCUGGAUGAUCCCGACAUUCUUCCUUUACUGGGGUUUGCUGAGUCGUUCCGGGUCUGCAGUGGGACUCUAGUACAUGAACAAUGGGUUCUGAGUGCUGGAGACUGUUACUAUGCAACAAACUUCUGGUACAGUGGACAGAAAGUAAAACCUUUAAAAGUCAGAUUCAUCUCCCGUGGUCAGGAACAUCAAGUGAUUCCAUAUGACAACAUUAAGAUGUUCAGAUAUGACUCGGAUGCUGAAAGCAUCAUGCUGGUUAAACUUCCUGAGCCUGUGAGGAACAUCGUCACUGCCCAGCUUCCAACAUCUUGCACUCGUCCAAACAUUGGAGAGAAGCUCGUUGGACUCAACUGUCAUUACUCGGAGUACUACUCAGGUAGAGACACGAAUUGUCCACUUUGUGUGGACCGCCACGUCACUAAAGCUUCUGAACCUUUCUUCUACGCCCCAGCCAUCAUGAGCGUCAGUCCAUUCUUCACCUGUCCAACUGACACUGGUGGACCCAUUCUGAGGAGAGAAGGUUCUGCUGAUGUUCUAUACGGAGUUGAAAUCUCUAGCAACAGGUUCAUGGACGUCUGUGCUGAUCCUGUCAGGCAGUGGAUCAGCGAGACCAUCGGUGAAGACUAAACCAGCUGGAUCUGGUUCCCUGAUGAACGACUCCAGCAGACGAUGCCAUCACAGAGCUUAUUACGCUGCAUUUCACUGAGGACUAUGUACUGCUUCUGCUCCCUGGCUCUCACGAUGCCUUAAACCAGCCGAUCUCGAACCAGCGCUCACGUUCACUCUAAUCCAGCUCCCAGUCCAGCUGUACCAGGGAUUCAGGCUCAUGUCCUACAUUUUCACACGUCUUUUAUUCUGUUCCCUGCAGUGGAUUUAUGGCAUUUGUGUGGUUUUAUUGACCAAAAUCAAUUCAUGCUUGCAACCACUUUAUAACAUCUUUAACAUCUGAUAUCAAACCGGCUGUUUUCGCUUUAGCUUUUUUAACUGAAAGAGUUCUAUCGACUCUCCGUUUCACUGAAAUGCAGCAAAAGCGCUUUCACUGUGUACAACCGAGAGUUACAUUCAUGUGUAUCAAUAAACAGAAUGCAAUGGAAAGUUUA